GCCGGAAGAAACAUUGCAUUUCUGUUGUCUCAGGAAAAGGAAGUGAAUUGCCCAUGGUUACAAGGGUUGUAAAACAGGCAGAAUCAGAAAUGCAACAGGAACUGGGCUGCUCCUGAGUCCUGCCUGGCGUCCUCUGCCCUCAUGUUCUGGGCUAGGUGUCACCCUCCGGAUUUGGGUGUCACAUGAGGGCUCAGGGACAAUUUAUGUCAUCUGCACCCCUGGAAACCCUGGCAGACAGCUUCAUGACCCUGACCUUCAUUGCUCUUCUCUGUCUCGGUCUGUGUCGGGGCCCAUGGCACCAGGUUCAGGCAGAAGUUCCCCCCAAACCCUCCAUCUGGGCUGACCCAGGCCCCAUUGUCAGCAAGGGGAGCCCUGUGACCAUCUGGUGUCAGGGGUCUCUGCAGGCGGAUGGCUACAUUCUGUAUAAAGAGAGGAGUUCUGAGUCCUUGGAUAUGAGGAUCCCACAGGCCUCCAGCAACAACACCGGGUUCCUCAUUCAGUCCAUGGGCUCAAAGAACACAGGGCUGUACCAGUGUGCAUACAGCUCUGGGGGCAGGCUGUCUGAGAGGAGUGAGCCCCUGCUCCUGGUGCUGACAGGAGAGUACAGCCCACCCUCCCUCUCAGCCCAGCCAGGCCUGGUGGUGGCUUCAGGAGGGAACGUGUCCCUCUUGUGCAGCUCCCUGUCCAUAUGGGACACGUUCCACCUGCUGAAGGAGGGAGGAACUGAGCUGCCCCAACACAGGAAAGCGAAAUGGAAUUUCUAUGCUGUGAGGUGGCAGGCUAUCUUCCCUGUGGGCCCCCUGAGCUCCUCCCAUGGGGGGACCUACAGAUGCUAUCGUUCCUCCAGCUACAACCCCAAUGUGUGGUCACAGCCCAGUGACCCUCUGCACCUCAAGGUCACAGGUGUGUACAGGGAGCCCUCCCUCUCAGCCCAGCCAGGCCCCCUGGUGCUGCAUGGAGACAGCCUGACUCUCCAGUGCAGCUCAGAGCCCGGCUUUGACAGUUUUGCUCUGACCAAGGAUGAGGGGCCCACAUCCCCCUACUGUCUCCAUGGGCAGCACAGCCCUGAAUUCCCCCUGGGCCCUGUGAACCUUGCCCAUGGGGGCCAGUACAGGUGCUACAGUGGACACAACCUCUCCUAUGUGUGGUCAGCUCCCAGUGCCCCUCUGGACAUCCUGAUUGCAGGAAUGUACAGGAAACCCUUCCUCUCAGUCCAGCCGGGGCCCUCAGUGCCCUGGGGAGCUAAGGUGACCCUGCAGUGUCGAUCUGAGGUCAGGGCUGACACCUUCCACCUGCACAGGGAGGGGUCCCUGGAUCCUCCCCAGCAGCUUCGUCUGCAGGACACAGCUGUCCCCUCUCAGGCCAACUUCACCAUCAGCCCUGUGACCUGGGGCCACAGAGGGACCUACAGGUGCUACAGCUCACUCAGCUCCUCCCCCUUCCAGCUGUCACAGGCCAGUGACCCCCUGGAGCUCCUGGUCUCAGACUACACAGUGGAGAACCUCAUCCGCUUGGGUGUGUCUGGCUUGAUUCUCAUGGUCCUCGGGGUGCUGCUGUGUGAAGCUUGGCACAGUUGGAGAAGACCCCACGAUGCAGCCAGGAGUUGAACACAGGGGACAACAAACCCACCAGUCAGUGAGGCAGAGCCUGGAGAAGAGUCUGAUGACCCCAGGAAGCUCUGGAGGAAACUGUGGGCACCCCUGGGAAAGAGUCUGCUGAGAAUGUGGAGGGUGUGGGCGUGGUUCCCCUGCAGGGAGAGGCAGGGCUGGGGCUGCAGAGGCUUCCCCACAGUUAGACUGUGGGCAUCUCCCCUCACUGCACUGCUGACCUUCCUUGACUGGGCCUCUGUUCUCACCCCCCUGACCUGGGGCUCAGCCCACAUCACAGGUUAGGAUCCACCCCUGGGCUCACCUUCCAUCUCUGGUCCACUUUCAUGUAGGACAGUUUUCUUCCUUUUAUUCUUCACAUUUGCUGAUUCUGUAUGUCUCUGGGUUGGACAAUAAAUCUGUUUUAAACAACUGGUUAAA